AUGGAUUAAAAAUCGGCAAACCAAUAAAUGGAAUCAAAAUUGAAAGUAUAUAAUUGCAAAAAUGAUUUUGAAAUCUAAACCGAAGUAAAUAGCUAUUUAUUAUUAGAAAUCCUUCAAUCAAAAUGAUAUUAAUUCAAUUUAAUAAUUUAGAAACCCUCUAAGUCACCUAUGUAAAACUUACUAUAAUUUUAGCUUCACCAAUAAAUCUCAAAAUUCCAUACUAGAAAAGUUUUGAGUAAAAUUUAAAUUUUUAAGUUUAGCAUUAGAAUGUGGAAUCUAUCAAGUAACUAUUAAAAUAAUAUUGUAGAGUUCAAAAAAUGGGAUAAAAGGAUUUUGAUAAUGAAUAAAAAGAAAAAACUUAAGAGAUAUUAGGUUGGUUAUGGGAUAUUGUGGAAUGUAGAUUUAUCCCAUCAAUUUACUAAAUCAAAUUUACUCUAGAUAACACAAUGAUUUACACCAAGGAUGGUGAAACCUUAAGAAUGUAACACUUUAUUAUCUUUUAAUUUUAAUAGUGAAAAACUAAAAGACACUUCAGUUAAACCAGAAGUCUUAGCAAACUUAGAAUAAAUUUGCCAUCUUAAAUGGUAUGGUUAAUACAGUUAGAAGGAAUAAAAGAUUGGAAGAUGGUCAGUAAAGUGGAAGGGAGAAGAUUUGAAAGAAGUAAAUGCUUAUUAUACAGAAAAUGGAAAAAAAUAAGGCAUAUGGAAAGAUCUUAUUAGGGUAUUAUUUAUUGAUUAAGAGUGAAGCCGAAGCAUAUGAAAUAGGCGAAUAUGUGGAUGGUUAAAGGAUGGGAUAUUGGAAAGAAAUUUAUAAUGAUAAAGAGAUGAAGAAAAUAUUAAUUAUUAAUAAUUUAUAUUGGUGGAGGUGUUUAUAAUGAAUAAGGUGAAAAGAAUAAUAAAUGGAUUGAGUUAAGUGAAGAUUUUUGGGAUUAGUCAUAAGUAACUUUUUAAGGUGAAUUUAAAAAUGGGAAAAAAGUAGGGAAAUGGUACAUUUGGUAUGAAGAUAUUGAUAUUUGGGGAAAUAAAAAUAUUGUGAUGUAAAUAAUUUAAAAUAAUUAAUCCAAUUAAUUAUGUUUGUCAAAUUUUUAGUGAUGGUGGAUCAUAUGAUGAAAAAUGCGAGAGCCUUAAGAUUGGGUUAUGGAUUGAUUUAGCUAAGAGAUUUCAUUAUCACAAAUAAGUGACUUAUCAAGGUCAAUAUAAAAACAGUAAAAAUGUUGGUAGAUGGGAUAUUUGGUUUAGGUAGUAUGCUGAGAAAGAGUUUAAAUAAAUGUAAAAUUAUAAUAUUAAAUUUGUGAUUAAUUAUUCAAAAAUAUAUAAGUGGGGGAGGAUAAUACGAUGAUAAUGGUGAUGGAAUUAAGAUUGGAAAGUGGAUUGAAUUGGAUGAUGAAUUUUUUAGUUUGAAAUAAGCAACUUAUAAUGGUGUCUAUGAGAAUGGUAACAAAGUUGGUAGAUGGAAUGUUGAAUAUAGAUAAUUUAGUAGUGAAUUAUUCUCAUAAAUGUAAAAUUUUAAUUAUUGAUGCGUAAUUUUUAGUGGUGGUGGAUAAUAUAACAGCCAAGGUCAUGGUAUUAAGACUGGGGAAUGGAUUGAAUUAGAUAAAGAAUUUUAUAAAUAUAAAUAAAUAAUUUAUAUUGGGGAAUACAAAAAUGGUAAGAAGUUGGGUAGAUGGGAUAUUCAAUUUAGAUAAUUUUGCAGUGAUUAAUUUUCAAUAAUGAAUAAUUAUUUUAAAAUAGUACUUAAUUAAUUUUUUGUGCAAAUGUAUUAGUGGAGGUGGAUCAUAUGAUGAAAAUGGCAAUGAAAUUAAAAUAGGAAAGUGGAUUGAAUUGGAUAAUAUGUUUUCUAAUUUUAAAUAAGUAACUUAUAAUGGUGAAUAUAAAAAUGGUAAAAAAGAUGGUAAAUGGGAACAAAUGAAAAGAGAAUUAUAUAAAAUUGAUGAAGGAUUCAAAAAAGUAACUGAAAUGAACUGUUGUAUUUGA